AUGGAGGGUGAGGAUCGCUUGUACCGACUAAAUGACGUCGCUCACGUGGCAGGAUAUAUCGACGAAGAGCCUAGUAGGGUUAUUAGCACCGUUAGGAGUCAGCAGAAUAUGCCCUUACAUGACCGGAUUAUACCGUAUCUAGAGACUGCCGGCUUGUAUCAUCUGGUUAGACUAAACAGUCAGUGGUUCUGGGUUGAUGAGUCUCUCCUUAGCGCAUUUAUUGAGCGGUGGCGUCCGGAGACCCACACGUUCCAUAUGCCGUUUGGUGAGUGCACCAUUACUUUACAGGAUGUUGCGUAUCAGCUGGGUUUGCCGAUUGAUGGUGUGCCCGUUAGUGGGUGCUUGAAUGAGUUUGAGAAUCUGAUGGAACACGGUAGACCAGCAUGGGUGUGGUUUCGGGAGUUAUUCGGGGAGUUACCUCCACGGAAUAAAAUCAAGCAGAUGACAGUGUGCUACACAUGGUUCCACGAGAGGUUCCGGGUUCUCCCUGCAGAUGCUACUGAUGAGACCGUGCGUGUAUACGCACGCGCUUAUAUCCUGAUGCUGUUGUCGUCUCAGCUGUUUGUGGACAAGAACGCAAACAGGGUUCACCUUCGCUGGUUGCCUUAUUUGGCAUCGUUGGACGACUUGGGCAGAUAUAGCUGGGGCUCCGCUGCACUGGCCUGGUUGUAUAGGUGUCUUUGUCGUGGAACAAACAGGAACGUCGUUAACUUGGCUGGGCCGCUACAGCUACUACAGUCUUGGAUUUUCUGGAGGUUUCCCACUCUGAGGCCCACUGGUUUUGACCGGUUCGGGUUUCCUCUGGCUUCCAGGUGGGCUGAGUUUGUGCCGAGGAACGAUGCAGGGGCACAGAGAUUACUUUCCGCACGCCUUGCACUGGAUCGCCUUCCACUGCCUUCUGCUUAG